UUAAGUAAUUACAUAACAGAAAUUACGAAAAUCUAAUCUUUCUAUCUUUUUCUCUUCUAUGGUUGCUGCCGCAUUUUUGGUUAUUUUUCCUUCCUAAUAUUUAGGAAUGACAAAUGGUUAUCCGGUUGUCGGUUUAACUAGUAACCGUACCGAUAACCAUCGGUUACCGGUAAAACAGAUAACUGGUGGUGUCGGUUGUCGGCAGCGUUUGAGAGGGUUUCGGUAUACCGACUCCAAUACCGGUAAAAACCGAUAGAUAUCUGGUCAAACCGAUACCGUCUGGGAGGGUAAAACUCCGACGUUUUCUUUCUGCAAUGUCCCAACCCCAAAUUCUGCCACUUGAGUCUCCUCCAGUCCAACCUGUCUUCCUCGUCGCCAUUCCAAAAUCGAAUUCCAUUCGCCCAUCGAUAGAACAGAGACGAUGAUGACUUCGACUCCAAUUCAUCCUGCCCCUUUCCUCGCUGACUCUGAUUCCGCCGUGGGUAUCCCAUCUCCGCGUCUCUACCUAUGCUUCUCCGCCUCCACUGUCCGUCGCUCUGUGACUCCGCCUCCGACCUCCCCUGUCCUUUCCUCCUCUUCCCAAUCAUCGGCGACGCGGAGCCCUCUCUUCCCUCAGUCAUCUCCUACACCCGCCGCUGUCGUGGAGCUCCAGCAAGACCGAUCGAGCUCCAUAAGUAAGGAACUAAAGAUCGAUUCCCUUGCCCAGUUGCCAUGUUCCUCUCCUCCUCCUCCUCCUUCUCCUCCUCCUCCUCAGAAGGUAGAAUCUCCAAUUGCUUCUCUACCUGACCAGUUAUCCUUCGUUGAUGAGAGCAGAGGCAGCGCAGGCAGCCGAGUCCUUGAGCUCAAGCAAGAGCAAAGGCCGAACUCCAAAGCAGGCAUCCAAACAGGAGCAACCAGCAGCAGCAAAGCAGGCUAAUUAGCGAUUAUAUUUUCUAAUAAAAAAUGUAUGUAUAUGAUAUGAGAAAUAUUGAUUGAAUUGGUGAUAAUUGAUAAUGACAGUAUGUGUGUAUGAGUUUCAAUUGAUGAGAAUUGAUUGAAUUGGUUGUUUGGGAUAUUUAUGUGUUCAUUUUGUUGUACUUUUGUUGGACAAAACCUUCUUGCAUUCGUGGAGGAGGUAAUAAGAAGGUGGUUCACUACCUCCUCGAAGCUCUUCAAAAAAAAAAGGGAAGACUUCAACUAGUACACCUUCCACUACGCCAAAUCCACCUCCAUCUGCAAAUAAUCCGGCCCCUACUACUGAUGGUGGUGGUGAGGUACCUGGUGUGAAAAAGAAAUUGUAAAGGAGAAGGGGAGGAAGAGGACAUCUAAGUGGUGGAUUCCCUAUAAUCGUGUGCUUGUGGAUGGCUACCCAUACGAAAAAUGCAAACAAUGUGGGACGCAUAUCAAAGCUCAUUCAAGUCUCAAUGGGACUACUGGUUUGAAAAACCAUCACCUAGCAUGCGAGAGGAGGUCGAAGGAAGCUAGUUGUCAAUCAGUAUUGAACUAUCAACCUGGAAGUGGGGUUGGUGAGGUAGGCUCUCUUACUCCAUGGAAGUUUGUCAGAACAAAGCUAGAAAUACAUUAGCUAUGAUGAUCAUCUUGGAUGAGCUACCGUUCAGAUUUGUUGAGCGUGAAGGAUUUAAGAUAUUUCUGGCCACAACUCAGCCUUUGUUUGUCAGACCUAGAAGGCAAACAAUAAGAUCAUAUUGUUAUGUCAUUUUUUUGAAGAAGAAGCAGAUGUUGCUUGAGUUUUUCAACUCAAAGUGCAAAGGAAGGUUUUCGAGCACUACAAAUACAUGGACUUCUGAUAACGUACAAUUAGAAUUAUAUGUGUGUGACUGUACAUUUUAUUGGAGAUGAUUGGAAGUUGCAGAAGAAGAUAAUUUUCUUUGUUCCCAUUACUAGUCACGCAGGAAAGGACAUUGCAGAAAGUUUGGCAGCAUGUUUACAAGAAUGGAAAGUGAAGAAUCUGUUUUGUAUGACAAUGGAUAAUGUCACUUCUAAUGAUGUUUUAGUUGAGUGCAUGAGAACAAAACUGAAAGGGUGGG